UCUAUGAGACACCUUUUUUAUUAGGUCAAAUGGAACAGCUGUCUAUAAAUAUAGUAGUUUAUCAGGAAACAGAUUAACCUAACUAACAGCUAGGCUUAGUUUGUGCUGAAUAGGUCUUUAAUCCCUGUGGCAUUCAAUUCAAUUACUGUAAAAAAUAAAAAGUUGAGUAAUCUUAUAUAAGUAAAGCAACCAGCUAUAAUGCAUUUUUUAGUUUGCUCAACUUUAGGCAAAUUAGUUGUAUUACGUUAACAAUUCAGGUUGGAUUGUAAGUUUCAUGAACUCAAAACAUUAAGUUAAUUAUUAAGUUUUAUAAACUUGCAUUUUUAGGUACAACUGUCUAUAAUUCUCUCAGUGUUCUUGAAAACAAUACAAAAAUAUAUUUUUCACUAAGCAGAUUUAGAUCAUACAAUAGCCACACCAAGUUUCCAAAUAGUUGGUCCACCUUACAAGUUAAAGUAACAAGUAAUUUAAUCUUUAGAAAUUAGGUUAACUCUAUAACUGAAGAAAGUUUAUCAAAGCAAACACAAAUCUCCCGGAUGGUGUCUUCAAACAAAACAACUUCUUACAGCAAAACAUAAUUUGAAACACAUGCAUAGCAAUAAAAAAAAAUCUAUUAAUUUAAAACCGAUUAUUUAGCAAUCAUAUACAUGUCCUUAUAACGCACCACACUUUGACCAAACAUUGUAGGUAUUGCCUUCAGCCACAAUGGGCAUACUCAAUAGAAGAUGCAAUGAUAUGAAGUUCAUAGUGCUCAGCCUUUCAAGGAUCCCACAAAUUUUGACCCAUGCAUUUUCAAGACAUUUCCAUGACUUUAGCAGAUGUUUAUGACUACAGGACGUGUACAAGAUAUAGUCAAAACCGGUUUUAAAUUGAAGUUUCCAUUUCACAGAAACAUCCAUUGUGGAAACAUUGUGAACCUUCACAAUGUUUCCACAAACUAUCAGUUAUUAAGGUAAGGUCAUUAUAUAAUACUAAUAAUAAUAAAAAACAAACCAACAUCCUGAUGACAAUAUUGCUAAUCAAUAUUUACAUAUCAUAAAUACAUUAUAUAUUCAAUUAGAAAAAAUAUUGGAAAAGGGGCAUUGUUCUGCCACAAAUGUCCUCCACAGGACUGAGCAUCAAAGAUCAAACAGAGCAUUAAAAUUGAAUUUAUCUGGCAAAAUUGAAGUUGGAUUUUUUUACAGUGAAACACAUCAACUAUGAUUGCCUUGCAAUGUUAUAAGAGUAAAUGCAUACAAUGUAAGUUUUGUGGACAGUUAAAAGGAUAGUUCUCCCAAAAAUGAAAACAUUUUCAGCAUUUACUCACCCUUAUGUUAUUCCAAACCCAUAAUUACUUUUUCUUUCUCUUUUGUGAAACACAAAAGGUGAUGUCAAGCAAAAUGCUACUGUAGGUACUGACAGCCCCAGCCCUCAUUCAAAAAGUAAUUGUCAGAAAAAGCAUCAACAUUCUUUAAAACACCUCCUGUAAUGAUUUCACUCUUUGCCCAUAAACAUGUUUCACUGUAUAUAUGAUUUUGCAGUUGCCAUGGGGUCCAUGGAGGAAGAGCACACUUGUCCCUUGUGUCGUGACCUAUUCAGCCGAGCUCAACCCUUUCACUGCGGCCACAGCUUCUGUCCGGCCUGUGUGCGAGAGGCCUGGGCCCAGAGUACUGGUUCUGGCAGGGGAAGAUUUGCAUGCCCACAGUGCCUGGAGGAACAGGGAGUGGUGGUUUGUGACUGCUGCCCAGAAGAGGGUGAUAAGGCUCAGGUGUAUCCCGCAGUGAAGACCUGCCUGCGCUGCGAGAUCUCUCUGUGUGAACAGCAUCUGCGGCCACAUCUGCAGCGUCCCGCUUACAACAAUCACCUCCUAGUAGAGCCGCUUAGUGACAUAUCACGCCACAGGUGCCCCGUCCAUCAGGUGGUGUUCUGGUAUUACUGCAAGGAUGACAGGGAAUAUGUCUGCACAGACUGCAUUCUGGAAGGGCAGCAUACUCACCACCAGGUUAAAGGGGUGAAAAAAUUGGAGGAGGAAUACAAAGUGAAAUUAAAAAGCCUUUUCCAGAAAGCAGAGGAGAAAGUAAAGCAAGGAGAAAUAAUGCUUCAAGAACAUCAGAACUCUAGUCACACCAUUAUACAGGACUCCUCUAGAAGUAAUGUCUCCCAGGUGUUACAGAUGGGUUCAGUCCUGCAGGCUCAGGUAAGCAGACUGGUGUCGGCUGUGACAAACAUCACGGAGCAAGAGAGACAGCAGACCAUACAGAGGGUGCAGAAGGACUGUAGCAGGGUGAGAGAGGAUGUGAAGCAGACUGAAAGCAUCCAUCGCUUACUAGGAUCCCUGCUUGAAGAGAGCGACCCUUUCCUGUUAAUCUGGGCUUUUCAGUCUGAGGAUUCACAGAUGGAGGCAGAUCUCAACGCACCAUUGUUCACGCCAGCUCAGCCAAGCAUGGAUAAGAAACGAAUCCUUGAGAAUGUGGAAAAUAAAUACAGGGAGUUCAUAGCUGAUACUCUGCGCUGCCUAAUUGAACUCAAGAGAGAUCUUUUAAGUAGUCCAUUAACCAUGGACAAAAACUCAGCUCAUCCUCUCCUAAAUAUCUCUGAUGAUCUACGGACAGUGAUGAGGGUCAAAACCCGUUUAUCUGUCCCUGAGCAUCCUGAUCGCUUUGACCACUGGUCUCAGGUGGUCUCCAGUCAGAUAAUUUCUUCAGGAACACACUACUGGGAGCUGGAAGUAGAGGGUUUCUGGGAUAUAGCAGUGACCUACCACAGCAUUGGGAGAAAAUCUAAAGAGGGCACAGCCUUUGGCUGCAACAUGAUAUCCUGGAGUCUGACACAGCAGCGUGACAGGAAACUUGCUGCCUGGCAUAACCGAAGGAAAACCCACCUCUCCACAAAAAUGAUUGGCAACCAUUUAGCAGUUGCCCUGGACUAUGACUCUGGUUCAAUUACCUUUUCAGAGGUGGGACCAUCUUCCACCCUACUCCCCCUGCACAAGUUCAACACCAUCUUCACCCAGCCCAUGUGCCUGGGCUUCGGCCUCUACAAACCAGAGCUUAACAGCAAGGUCACCAUCCUCAAGAAAAUUUGACUGAAAUCAUAAUUGGGUCAGACAGGAAUAGACUUGUGAAACAUUUAUUUUAUGAAGACCUUUAUGUCUCUAAAACGUACAGUAAUGAUAGAUGACACACUGACCUGCAUAAAGUAGACCUUGAUGCUAAUUUCAAGCAUGACCAAAAUUUGUAUUUAUAGUCUCUUAAUUAGCCACAACCAAAAUGUUGCCCUCCACCGUAGUUCUUACAUUUCACUUGUGCAUACUAAAACUUAGUGCACCAUGAUGGGUUACAAGACACAUGAAAACCAAUGGUGUAAGGCAUCAUUGACGUCAAAUAUGACACGCAUUUUCGCGUGCCAAAUAUGAAUAUGCUCAAGCAUGAUUUGAGAGCUACCACAGAGGACAAGAUUUUAAAUUAGUAAUGAUUAACAUUGGUUGAAUAAAUUAAGACAGUUUUCAUUUUUGAGUAUGCUAUACAUUUAAGAAGCACUGAGAUCCAACACAUUUGCUAUUUUCAAAUUUUCAGACUCAGCAGCCUUUCCUUAUAAUCUAGAACCAGCAUCUAGCAUCACUAUCAGCACAUUCAAAAACAGUGCAGCAAUAAAGUACUUUGUUUUCACAAUCUACGCAUUGCAAGUAUUAAUUCUUAGUGUAUAUAAAGUUAUUUUCUUUUUGUGUAUUUGUGAAAAUUGUUGUUUUAUUUUAGUUUUCCUUUUACUGUAUAACCUUUUUUGUGUGUCUUGUGUCUUUGAUGCAUGUGAUCGGUAGAUCGGUCAAAUUUUGCGGGACGCUGGGUCAUAGUUGUUCCUGUUAUGUUCUGUAUACCUGCUAUUAUCUAAGCUUACGUUUACAUUAUGCACUUACUACAUGCCUUGGGCUCAGUGCCAUCAUUUACAGCCACAAAUGCAAUUUUUGCCAUGCUGUUUACAUGAAUAAAGAUUAUAUAG